AUCACAAGACUGCUGCGUCUUUUCAACGCAGUCCAACUUGGCACAGGGAGUCAUUCUGAUGUUUGACUCGGCUUUGGUCACAUAGUACAACAAGAUGGUCACAACAAGAUUGCUGAAAAUGUAUAAACUGGAAUAUACAGGAGCUAUUGCUUUUCUCUUCAUUUCGACAUUCACAUGUUCUUUCGCUGUCGAACCCUUGAAAACUCGUCUGGUCGGUGGGAGCGGAUCUCACGAGGGCCGGGUCGAAGUCCUCUACGACGGAGCCUGGGGUACGGUCUGCGACGACGGAUGGGACAGCGCCGAUGCCGACGUGGUGUGCCGAAGUUUAGGGUUCGCACGUGCCUCGACAUAUAACCACAGGGCCGCAUUCGGUCAGGGAUCGGGGAACAUCGUACUCUCUGAAGUCCACUGCAGCAGUGCGGAUACCAACCUAGCCUAUUGCACGCACAGUGGGUACCUGACGCACACCUGUACGCACCUUGAAGAUGCAGGGGUUGUCUGCGUAGGAGCGGACCCACUUCCUACCCGUCUAGUGGGCGGCAGCGGACCCCACGAGGGCCGCGUCGAGGUCUUUUACGAUUCUGCUUGGGGCACCGUGUGCGAUGACGGCUGGGACAUCAAUGACGCCCAUGUCGUGUGUCGCACCAUGGGUUAUGCACGCGCCUCGGCUCACAACCUGAGUGCAGCUUUCGGACAGGGGACCGGUGAGAUUAUUCUGGAUGAUGUGUUUUGCAUUGGAACAGAACCAAACCUCGCUUUUUGCCAGUAUAAUGACGAUGGUUACAAAGCUCAUAAUUGCGAACAUGACGAGGAUGCUGGUGUCAUAUGUGAAGGACUCGUGUCGGUUCGUUUACAAGAUGGAAAUAGCAACCGAGAGGGAAGAGUGGAGGUCCUCUACAACGGCCACUGGGGCACCGUAUGCGACGACGAGUUUGAUUUCAACGACGCCCACGUCGUGUGUAGGAUGCUUGGCUUCUCACAUGCGGAAUCCUUUUCCCUCAAAUUCGGCGCGGGAACCGGUGAGAUCGUGGUGGAUGACCUGACUUGUGAUGGUACAGAGGGGAGGAUCCAGGAUUGUCGUAAAAAGCAGCUAGGGACACACAACUGCAAUCACGAUGAAGACAUAGGAGUCACGUGUGCUGAACUACCUGUGCGUCUAGUCGGUUCAUCAAGUCCUAACGAGGGUCGUGUCCAGCUCUAUCACGAGGGCUCCUGGGGAACAAUCUGCGACGACCAGUGGGACAUGGAGGACGCCACGGUCGUAUGCCGCAUGCUUGGGUAUCCUACCGCGACUGAAGCACUUUAUGGUGCUCCGUUCCCGGUAAGGGGUGAUGUACCUCUUGGUGAUGUUCUUGUGGAUCAAGUUCAGUGUAACGGCGAUGAGACACACAUCAGCAAGUGUGGCCACAGAGGGUUUCGUCAAGUCAGUUGUGACCACACUGAAGAUGCAGGAGUGAUCUGCGGCGGAAAAAGGGAUUUCGGUGCUCGCCUAGCAGACGGGCCCGAUGCCGCCCAGGGGCGGGUAGAAUUGUUCUACUUCGGGGCAUGGGGCACAGCUUGCCAUCUGGAAUGGACCUCGGCUGAUUCUCUGGUUCUGUGCAAGAUGCUGGGCUAUCCGGGUGUGUUGGACACGGCUUAUUUCUCUUCGUACGGUCCUGGUAGCGGGGACGUGCUCCUAAGGCAGCCUAGGUGUUCGGGUAAAGAAUCGAGUCUUGCGGACUGUAACCCGGCUUAUCCGCUUGGCAUCACAGGAUGUAACCAUUCAACGGAAGUAGGGGUCACCUGCUUGAGACCGAACGAUCUCCAAGUACGUUUGGUUGGAUCGCAGUCCAGCAAUGAAGGUCGGGUCGAGGUAAACUUCGAGGGUUCCUGGGGAACAGUUUGCGAUGACCACUUUGAUCUGAACGACGCCAACGUUGUCUGUAGAAUGCUGGGGUACCAGCGGGCCUCCAACUACUCCUGCUGCGGCGCCUUUGGGGAGGGGUUCGGCGCCAUUGCUCUGGAUGAAGUCGAUUGUAAGGGUACUGAAUCCAACCUCGGCCACUGUAUGAAGAAUGUCCUAGGUGUGCAUGAUUGUACCCAUCUGGAAGACGUUGGUGUUACUUGUACCGGGCAGGACCCGAACGCGUUGGAGAAUCGGUCAUCAUGGAAAACUCCACUUUCUCUUACUUUGACUUAUGGUUUGAUUGGAGGUCUCGGUGUCCUGUUGCUCAUCAUCUUUGCAGUAUGUUGCUAUUUGGUCAGCAAGAUGAACGCUUACAGGUACAGAUCCUUACGACUCCCUCAACGGCGCCCGCCAAGGCGUCACGUGUACACAACCAACCAAUACGGGAGCUACGCGCAACCAGCCAAGGCAUCUGGAGGGUUGUAUCCGAGUCUUCCCACCGCAAAAGAUGCAUCUGUCAAAGUGCCUAUCAAGGGGUCUGCCAACGGGGCUGCCAAGGGGCCUGCCAGGGGGUCCCAGAAGGGAAAACCAGAGAGCAAGGGGAUCAUGAAGCCAAAGGAGAAACCUGAAAAACCGUCAGUUUCUGUAGUUGUGGCUGGCGACUCCAAGAAAGGGAUGCUGACUUCUCUGAUGGAGAAGCUGAAUUUAAGUCGCUAGUGAAAGAAACCUUAAAUAGAAUGGAUGAAGAAUGGUAAAAACUGUUUAGGUUUUGCCAUGAUAUCAAAAUAUUUGAUGUAUUGAUGUACACUCAAAUUAAUGAUUUAUGCACUCUGCAACGUUCUUUUGUCUGGAUAAUGCAUACAUUGUUUGUUUGCCUUUUUUGGGUUGUUUUUUCAUUCAAUAUAUUCGGAUUGAAAUUUGCAUAUGUAGAAGUAAAAAAAAUAUCAAAAUAUAUUCUCGACUAACGUGUCUUAAACACAGGAAUCCGGGCAUUAAUUAUAGCCGGAAAGACUUUGGAUAUUGUAGUUUAUUCUCCUUAUAAAAAAGAGGUGUUAAAGAUAUAAUUUUAUCAUUAAGAAUAAUCAGAUAAUAAUAGCCUAUGAGAUUUUCUGUAGUCAUAGCUGAUUAUUCGAAUAAAGAAGUGCUGACUUUCAAAGAAAUAAAAGCUUAGUUGCCAGUAGUAGAGACGUAUGAAGAAAGCAUAGUAGAAUAGCAAUAGCUGUUUAGGCUAAUUAGCAAUAAUUAUUUCAAAGGAUUCAUGAUUUAGUUUAGUAUAUAUAUAAUACACUGUAAUUAAAUGUAAUUAUGUAGUUGUACUGUUUGAAAUACUUUUUUUUUCUCUGCGUACAGAGUAGUCGGAUUACAAUUUGUGUAUGUAAAACUUGUAAUAUGAUAACUAAAAUAUUGACCAUCCCGUUCCAGGUCACGUCUCUGUCUUAAUCAUUUAAUGUUCUAUUUUUCUUCGCAGGCCCUUAAAAAGCAAUUAAAUCAAUAGAUGUUUAUUAAUUCACUUAAAAUUUGUUCCUUGCAACACAUUGAUUGUUUUCUUAUUCACCCGGAUAUUUCUGAAAAUCAAUCGCCUUCGACAGAGGGGCGUCUUGAAUAUGUUAAGGAUGUGAUCGGUGUGGGCUUUAAGUGGGCAAGUAGCGUUCUAACAGUGCACCUCUUCUU